GGAGCCGAGUGGUGCUGGCAGGAGCCCGAGCUCCACGAUAAACUCUGGCAUCAGCUUCCCUUCAUCCGGCAGUCAGCGAGGACACAGUGAGGGCGCAGGGGCAAGAGACAGGGACAGAGAAAGACUGACAGAAAGGCGGGGGUAGAGAGAGAGAGGGAGAGAGAGACAGGGAGUGAGAAAGAGGGGACAGAUAGAGAAGAAAAUAAAAAAAGACCUUUAGAAAAAGAGGGAGAGGCUGUCAUAAUAAUAAUCACACAGCUCGUUUUUUUUUUCCCCCGGCAGCAGCAGCUCAGCCAUGCUCUCUGAUGUCUCCAGAUGCGGGCGAAAGUCUGCCCAGGAUGACGGCUGCCUGCCGUGUUUGUCGGCAGCACAGUUUGUCUGAGUGACGGCAGUGGCUGCAUCACAAUCUGAAAGCAGGAGUUCUCCUCAGCGAGCGCUCUGACUCUUAGUCAUCUUCAGCCUCCUUUCUCCCUUCUCAGAGGGUUAUUAGGGCCAUUCAUCUAACCCAUCUCACGCUUCCUGCUUCCUUCUCCUCCUCCACAGCUUCAUCCUCCACUUCUUCUUCUUCUCCCGUGAUGAGCCACAACCUCAGAGUGAAAUAACCCUGCUGAUAGAAGCUUCUCCCUCUUGUCAAGACAGUGCCAUGUGUGAUUGGCCAGCACACCCUGUGGCAGUGGCAUCACCCCGGAUUGGGCGAGAAGCUCUCGCUCCUGCUCUCUCCUCUCAGGGGCUCCUCUGGGAAGCUUUCGUGGGAUUUAUCUUGUGCUGCUGGAUGGCACAGAGCUCCGUGCCUCUCUGAAGACGGGUCCACAGAGAAGACACGCACUACAUGGAUAAGAAGUAAAAUAAUUAUCCAAUCACAGCACAAGCAGGCAGACUGGGUUCCCUUAGCAACAACUGAAGGAGACAAGAGAAUCCUUUCCUCUUUCUGCUCCCUUGGUUUUUGGGCACACCCCUGUGGACUGCUGUGGGUCAGUGUUUUUUUCUGCGAGAGGACUUGGAGGAUGAUGAUGCUGCGUAAGAAAACCUGCCACCCAAAUUCCACGGGACUUUGCACGUUUGCUUUCCGGCCACCUUGUUACUGUGUCUCAAUGGCACCGUGAUAUAUGUGUUUUUUUUUUGUUAUUCCUCCACAAAUUCUCACGACAAGUGACAUCCGCCGGCUUAGAAAUCAAUUUAUCCUGAUCCCCCACGCCACCUGGAAACGAGCUCCACGUUUUGGACGGGGGAUUGGAUGCUCGGAGAAAAGAAAAGAAAAGCAAAGAAAAAUCCCACACCUACCAUCUUCUUUUUCAUGGAAGAGGAAUGAAGGACAACACAGUCAGGUAUUCAUCAUCAGCGAAGAAAAUGGCUGUGAAGCAAAGUUUAUUUUGACGCAAGUUUCUUUUUUUUUUCUUUUUUUUUUUCUUCAAGGAGGGAAACAACACUGCACAAAGGAAUAUUCCCUUUUUCAAACAGGAUAUGUCCUUUCUCUCUUUACAGACAGUAGCCUGAGGGACUGAGGAACUUUAUUUAGAAAUCUUUUUCUCUGCUGGCCACCAAUAAAACAGAAAAUAUACAUUUUGAAACUCGAGCCACUGCCGGGUCUUCUAUUUUUGUAUCUUACCACACAGCCUGACUAACUCUGAAAAAAGGGGCUAACUUAAACUUCUUUUCAGCUUUCACUUUUGUAUGCUGUUCCACAAUGAUGUCACUGUGUUUCACGAGUGAAAAACAUUGUACAGGACGAGUGGAAAAGUGGGGGGAAAAAUAUUCUUAAGGUACCGACAAGCUUUUUUCUAAAUCGUGCAUCCACAGGAGCAAUUAUAAAACAUACACACUGACACAUGAGAUGAGUUGGCUCAACACGAUUAUGUAAGAGGUUCAAGCCAGAUUCAGCUCUUGUAUUUUGCCUCCUCUUUUUUCCCAUGGAUGUACGGCGUUUGACUUGUCCCACGUUGAUCUUCUCAUCCGAUUUGGAAGCGUUUAUCCGAAGGCAUGGAUGUCGGAGCGUGAGUCUGUGCCGGCGGGUGUGCGGCGGGCGAGGCGAGGUGUUUUGGCUGCCCGGGUGCUUUUAAGAUGUUGAGGUCUCCCUGCGUGGCUGGGGCCCCUGUUCGGAUCAGUAGCACUGAGGCUCCUCGUAGCCAAAGACAUGGACCCCGACUCGGCUCCCCCGUGCCCUCAGCCUGUUGGCCGCUGGCCCCACGACGCUUUGUAAAGGAUGUCCCUCAGCAGAGCUCCGGCCCGGGACACCUCUGAGACCCCCAGCCCGAGAGAACGCAUCCGCAGCCACAUGAAGAUGGUGAUCGACCAGCUGGAAGGCAUUCUCAAAGAGCUCAAGGAUGUGGCCAAGGAACUCCGGGAGGUGGUGGGUCAAAUCGAUAAACUAACGUCCGACUUUGACUUUGACCUGGAGCCAGAUGACUGGACGGUGGCCACGGCCAGCAGCACGUCCAGCAGCGAGCGGGGUCUGGGCGAAGCCUUCCGGCUCGACUUCCUCAACGCAGAUGUGCUUUCUGACAGCUGGGAGUUCUGCAGCUACCUAGAGGCCGCCGGCGCGUCCUCCCGCAGGACAUGCGAGCAGCCGGGGGAUCUACGAGCGGAGCUGGGCCGCGGGAGCAUCCCCACCCAGACCCAGACCCCCAGCCCGCCCCCCACCACUGCCUCGGUGUACUCUCAGAUGAACGGAGGGCUGCCCAUCCCCAACGGGCCUCGCAUUAUUACUCCAGAUUCAUCCAGCGAGGAGGCCAGCAGCUCCUCGUACAGCCAAAAGACCUCCCGUACGUCCGGCACGAGAGAACGAGUGCGCUUCAGUGACAAAAUUCUGUACCAUGCAUUGUGCUGCGAUGACGACGAGGAGGAAGAGCAAGAGGAGUUACAAGAGGACAAGAGUGGCUGUGCUACUCCGGAUAGCGAUACUGAGCCCGGCCUCCUGGCCAGCUCCGUCGCCCCCAGACGUUCUUCCUCGGAGCACUCACUCCUCCAUAACUGUCUGGACCCUUCGUAUGUGUCUUCACCAGUGAAAGGGACAACGGGAGCUCACACACUACCCAGAAAAGGUCUCUUAAACCCCAGCUGCCGCAAAAAACUGUUACGAAAUAGCAGCACACAAACUGUUUCGGACAAGAGCACCCAAACUGUACUGCCCUAUAUUCCAACCAAACAGAAAACAAAGGACUACUGAGAGAGCCUGAAAUUUAUCAUAAAUCUCAUGAAGAGAACUGUGCAUUAUUUAAUAUUAAAUACAUAGCUCAUAGAUUAACGACAAAUAAAUAAAUUACAUAAUAAAUAAAUGAUAUAUGGGAAAUCAAUUGACUUCAUAAAGUCAUUCUGAGGCUCAGGGAAAAUGAAAUGUGCUCAUUCAGAUGACGGUUACUGGUGGACCAAAAGGUUAGUGCCUGUUCUAAUGUUAAAAGAUGAGGUGGAUGGACUUCCUAGGUGUAACCAUUUGAACCAGUGACAGAGAUUACAAAUUAAAUCAUUUUUAUCACAACAUUUUAAAUGUUCAAAACUGAAGUAUUAAAGGUAUCUUCCAGUCGUCACAUAAUAACAGAGGUAACGAAAAAAAAAAAAAAGAAAUACUUUCUCCUAUAAUGUUGACACAAAAUGUUUUUCAUUCUGUACUCUGAAUCUGUAUAAAUACUGUCUUUUUCAUGUUCCAGUAAUUUCAAAUGUCAAGGGGGAUUACUGCUUCCAGGAGGGAAAUGUCUCCAGAUUCAUAUGUCAAGCCUCUUCCUCUUCUCUUUAUUGUCAACAAACAACUCUGAAGAUACAGUAGUCAGAAAGUAACAGUAUAUGCUUGCCCUUAAUUUCAUAUAACAUCCUAUUGUUAUUUUUUUCUUGGCCUGCUGCGGAGGCUGAAACACAUCAGUGGCAAAGGCAGAAAGAUAUUCCAGAAAUCGUGCUCCACAACAGUGACAUUUCCAAUUUUUCUCUUUCGUCUGUGCCUGCUAGUUGCGUCAUUAGACUUAGCAGCGGAGCUAAAUUGAGGUCUUGGGAAGAAAAAAAAAAAAAAGAGUGCUAAAGGUUUUGUCUUUUUAUUCAGUUGCCCAGUGGGGAAUUGAACUCAGUGGAGCAGCAUUUUAUUCACAGCGCUGGUGCCAAUAGCCAUUCCUGAUCAAUAUGUUAGAGGGAGGUUGCAGUGAGUGGUCUCUUUGCUGAGCAUGCAUGCCUCUCUCCGGAGAUCUGCGAACAAAAACUCACAGUCAGAUCUAUUUACUUACACUGAGCAGAACAAAAAUUACAACUGUUGCCCUAAAGAACUGACAUUUCAAAAAAUGUGCAUCCAGGAGUGAGAGCUGAUGGUGAAAAGAAAGCGUUCCUGCUCAAUGAUUUUUCUUUCUUUUUUUUUUUUCCUUCCAUCAGAGCAAUAAUCUACCCUGGGGAACAGCUUUGUGUGCAGGGACCCCUCACCCUUGUGUUUUCAAGUUUGAAAAGAAAACGUGAAAUGUUGAAAUCUUUAAGUGGAAAAUCCUUGCUGACUCCAUUGAGGCUGACCUUUCUACUUUUGAUCGCCCAAUGGGGACUUAACCUUGUACAGGAGGGAGACAUGAUGGUAUCUCCUUCUUUUGUGCACUCUUUCUGACUCUCCUAAAUUGAUAAAAGCAAUAACUGUUCAAAAUAUGGCUAAAAAUAGCAUUUGGUAAUCAAGUCAAGUUGAUUUUUGUUGAGAAUGACCAAAGCAGUCCCUUCAUACCUGUACUGCUAUCCAAGGAACCAAUUAAAAACGACCACGGCAACACUGAAGAUUAUUAAUAAGUACUGUGGAGAAGCACAUCCAUAACAGCCCAUGUCUGUUUUAUCUUGUGUGCUCCUGUAUAACAGUUGUUGGACAGUGCGGUGCUUAAGCAAAUUGCAUCUGUGCUGUUUAAGCAACAUUGAGCCUCGAGAGGCCAAUAUAAGGAGAGUAGACAGUAAACUUUCAUACCAGGCGCUUGGUGGAGGCCACACAAGCAUUAAUUAGCCUAAGGAUGAUGUGCUGUACCUCCGUACACCAGCGGUAAUUUGUGAGUUCCUUUUUUUCUGUUUUUUAUAAUGGUUUUGUCUGGUUUUCCCUUUGUCCUGCUCUGGCUCAGUUAAUCCCAAGUACCUGUGAAGAAAGAGGCACUGAAGAGAGAUCAAUGGUUCGCUCCCCGAAGCAUUGGCUGCCAUUUCCCUGCUAGAUUGGGGACCAACAGGUCAUCACAGCCGUUAGCAUAAACAAACAAAACUAUGCCACCAGACAGGCAAAGCAUCCAUUACAGGAGAACAAACUAAGCUUAUAUUGUGACGCCCAGGCACCCGUCAAGACAUUAAAACGUAAUAGGAAUUCCUUUUUUUUCCUCCACCACUCUGCAGAUUUUAUAAAUCAUAUCUACAAUGAAAUCAGCUCUUAAAAUACAAAGCUGUUUGGCUCCGGCACAGAAUACAUUAUCAUUGGGGACAGAUUUGAGAUAUUUGGACAAAACAUUAGCAAUGUCUCUUUUGCCAACAGGCUCAUUAUUCAUCUCUAAUAGGGCAGAGCUUCGUCCUCAGUUCUUUGUAGGACAACGGUAGGAUGCAUCCAAAGGUUCGGAAAACCUGAGCGCACCGCUGCCAAGUUACCUGCCAACCAAAGGAUCCUUUUCCAAUGCCACCGAAUACAAAAACAGAUGUUGUGUGUUUGUGAAUGUGUGCAAAUGUGCGUGCCUCUUAAAUGUCUUUUCUGUACACUG